UGUUACUCAUACUCUAGGAUGGCUGAAGAAGAAGAUAUAAUGGAAGAUGCAUUGACUUGUGGGAUCUGCUCUGAGGAAUACCAAGCUGGUACCCGGGAGCCCGUCACAUUACACUGUGGUCACACCUUCUGCCGGCACUGCCUUCUCACUCUGGAGAAACCAGGAGGUCUGCCCUGUCCUGCCUGCCGUAAGCUUCACGCCGCAGCCACAGUCUCCUGUCUUCCUCCCAGCUACACUAUACUCGCUGUCCUUGACACUUACUCCACUACUACCCAGGUUAAGGAGUGUGUUAAUCACAAGGAGCCGCUGGGGUACUGGUGCCGGGAGUGUGAGAGACUUGCAUGUGGUUUAUGCAUCUUCGAGAGUCAUAAAGAUGACAACCACACCAUUAUAUCAUCAAGAGUCAUCCUCCAAGAGAAGAAACAAUGGCUGCAAGAGGAAACCAGUAAGCUUAGUAAAAUGUUAGAAGCUCAGCUUGUGAUUAGUGUUAGAAAGUCGGUUAGCGAUUUACUCAGCUUGUUACAGAAAAACUUCAAAGUAACCAAAAUUCAGGAAGAAGCUAUUUCUAACUCUGCACUACUAAAGAAGACAACUAGCAUGGAGAUGAUGUUACAGUGUGAGACUAAACACAGGCGACUUACUGAUGCUUGCCAAAACACUGAUCUGGGUCAUGGAUCACUUGAGUCGGUGGAAGCCAGCUUUCCUGUGAAUUUACCAGCUCAGAUCCCAGGAACUCAAGCCACAAAUACCUCUAAACCUUAUCCAGUGACAUGUAGUGUCCAAUAUGGGGACGGCCGUUGGGCACGACUAGCUUGGGAUGAUGAUGAUCUUCUGUUAUUCUCCUUCUCCACUCAGAAUUUGGAGACCCACUUCACCUUGCAUUGGUCUGCGUUUUCAGUACUGGGGUCGGUGAUGCUAAGGCCGGUAUUCCUGGACCUAAUGGCUGGCGUAAAGUUUCUUGGGCGAGUCACAAUCAAGCUCUGGUCCCACCUGCGUCGAGCCCAACACUUCAUGGGACUCUGUCUAGGCAUCUGGGGAGCAACCUUCAAAGACACCACCUUCUCUCGGGUACAUGAGACUCAGUUCUGUAAGUUCCUCAUAGGAGGGACCUACAGACCAAGAGGGGGCGGCUCUCCCAGCACUGCAGGACUGAUGGAAAACUUAGAAUGGGAUGGACAGUAUGCCGGGGAGGACAUUGAAGGGCAGAUCGUGGCAUUCGGUGGUGGUCAUACCCAUUUGGAUUCUGUGUUUGGUAUCUGUGUAACGGCGAAAUCCAAAGGAGGUCGUAGCCGUUGCCCCUUUGGAAAUGUGGUUUCUGGUAUGGAAGUCUUGAAACAAGCUGCUACCUACGUCCCAUCCUCACAGAUCUCCAUAGUCCAAUGUGGAGUCAUCUUCAGUCAUGAUGAGUUGAAGGACAUUUUAAUUUGAUAAUUAUAAAUGACAGCGAAGCGUUUUCAGAUUUACAGAAAAUAGUUUGAGUCCUUGAAUUUGGCCAGAUUCAAGAAUUUAAAGAUAAUUCCUCCAUAUAUUUAAAAACAUAUAUUGACAAAAUUAUCCCUAACGACAAUUUCAAUUAAGAAUAGUCACGACUUUGGGUUGAUGAAGACAAAACGUAUAAAACUGGCUAAUAAAACUAUUGAAAAGUUAAUUAGUUAUAUUCAUAGUUACAUAAAACGAAGAUGUUGAAAUAAAACUAAAAAUAUUAAUAAAUUUAGUUGCUUAUUAAUAAUUUAAUAAUUCUAAAAUAAUAGUAAAAAAAUAAUUUUUGACUUCAGUUACUGAUCCAGUCCACAGUACCAGUGUUAAUUGUUGAGGCAAGAAAUGAUGGCAUCUUGUGUACCGAAAGAAUACCACCUCGGUAAGAAAGCUAGUGUCAGCGAGGACUGUUGAAUGUUACACUGUUAUGAAGUUCAGUAGAUGUUCCCUGUAGACUACACGAAGGUCACAACUUUUAAUUGGUAUACAUGCACUAAAAUGGAAAAAACAGUAAUUUCAUAGGUUUUUUUACCAUAAAAAAAAUGAUACUCUCAUAUAGUGCCUGUCCUGACCUAUGCCGUUUUUCAAAGUUGUCAAUAUGUAUGUAUGUAUAUGUAUGUAUAUAUAUAUAUAUAUAUAUAUAUAUAUAUAUAUAUAUAUAUAUAUAUAUAUAUAUAUAUAUAUAUAUAUAUAUAUCUAUAAAUAAAUAUAAUUAUAUAUAUGCAUGUCUAAGUAACCUUUUUGUCUCAUAUACCUAUAAUAUUAAUUUGAAGAAUUUAUAAAUGUUAAGAUACUGCA